AUGUCCGAUCUGAUCACAGCCGUCGACUACUUGGAGUCCCAGCGGGAGUUGGAACAAGAGGCUCGCACCUUGAUGCCAUUCGACCCCACGGAGUGUACCUAUACUAUGGGGGAAUUGCGACAGCCAGUAUAUGCCUGUUUGACAUGUUCAAAGCUGCAAAAUAAUGACGAUUUUGUCCCCAUUGGCGUCUGCUACUCGUGUUCCAUACAGUGCCACGCCGACCACGACUUGGUGGAACUCUUCUCCAAGCGAAAUUUCACCUGUGACUGUGGAACUACAAGAAUGUCCCAUGUUCCUCGCGGCGGUUGCACACUCCGUCAUCACCAAAAACGAUCCAGACGAUCUUCCAACCAGUCCAGUAUCUCGCUGACACCCGUGUUAAGAGCAGGACUCGGAAGCGCCUCGGAAAACCUUCGGGAUCGCCGAAAUUCGUUGGAAUCUUCGCAGAGUCUGCCGGCAGACGAUAUCCCUGCGCUGGGAAAUUUGUAUAACCAAAACUUCAAGGGGCUCUUUUGCUCUUGUAGCGAACCAUACAAUCCAUUGGACGAGAGCCGGGUGAUGGUACAGUGCCAUUUUGGCUUUGUCUGUGGUGAAGACUGGUACCAUGAAGACUGCAUUUUAGGUGUGAAAGCACUGCCAAAAUCAACUUUUUCAGAGCUGAAAAAUAGACUAGACGACUUGGAACCUCCUGCAGAAGAUGCCCAGCUGGAAUCCCUGUUGAAGAGGGAAUCCCCUGUGAAACAGGAGACUCCGAAACCUUCACAGAGAUCGCCUUUUCCUAAUUUAGACGACUUUGAUCUGUUCAUUUGCUGGAAAUGCGUCGAGGUAUUCCCUGCGGUGUUUGAAGAGUUGGCAGAACAUACAGACAUUGUGCUCAAAAAGCUUCCAUAUCACCAGGUGCUGAGCAUCGAAGAGUGGAAUACUGCUAACGAAAGACAGCCAUCGGAUGAAGGACCACAAAAGAAGAAAAUAAAAACUGAAAAUCCCUCCACAUUCAGGUACUCUGUAUUUUUGAAUAACGGGUUUCAGGAUCAUAUGAAGCGGUUGAGAAAGACUUUAGAAGAGCAACCUGAAAAAGCCAAAUUUCGUCUUUUAGAUUUUCUCACCAACUACGAAUACCUCUACAUGGACGACCCAGUCUACGAGCCGCCCGCAGACGAAGAUGAUGACGGUUCUACCCUCUUGGACUUGGGGGCCGAAGCCUUACAUUCACUACCUCGAGAACAGGCUAUCGAAGGCCUACAAGUCUACGACAAAAUACGGUCCAAACUCCGGGACUUUUUCAAACCGUUCGCCGAAGAAGGCAAGGUGGUAACAGAAGAUAAAGUCCGCGAGUUCUUUGAACAGAUGAAAAAGAGCGACGACCACUAG